AUGGAGUGCCUCAAGGAAAAGUUCGUCGGCGGUGCCAUUCUCAACGGACGUUAUCAGACAAUCUCCCCCCUCAACCAUGGAUCUUUUGGUAUGGUUUUCAAGGCGCAUGAUCUCAGAACAAACGAGCCUGUCGCCAUCAAGUGCCUGACCAAGAAAAGCGCAUGCCCCGAUGGCAACUGGGACUUCGCUGUCGACGACAAGUCGGAAGAGCAGGCCCUGCACAGUCGCCUCGGAGCUCACGAGAACAUCGUCAACCUGGUUGACUCUUUCGAGACCGAAUCUCACAUCUACCUCGUCCUCGAGUUUUGUGGCCAGGGCGAUCUCUACGAAGCAAUCCGAAAGGGUCACGGUCCUCUCGAGACAGAGCAUGUCCGCCAAUUCAUGCUUGAGCUCAUCGAUGCCGUUGACUACAUGCACUUCAAGGGUGUCUACCAUCGCGAUAUCAAGCCCGAGAACAUUUUUCUCACUUCGGACGGUGCCAUGAAGCUUGGUGACUUUGGUCUGGCAACUACUGAGAAGUGGUCGUAUGAGAUGACCGUUGGCAGUGACCGUUACAUGGCCCCUGAGCAAUUCGAUUCGGCCGGCGCCGGUUACUCGCCUGCCGAGGCGGACGUCUGGGCCAUCGGAAUCUGCCUGCUCAAUAUCCUCUUCUCCCGCAACCCUUUCACCACCCCCACUGAGGCCGACCCCCUUUUCCUUGACUACUCUCGCGACAAGCAGUCUCUUUUCGACGUCUUCCCUUCUAUGUCUCAAGAUACAUACGAGGUCCUCGUGCAGUGCAUGAACCUCGACCCAAGACGUCGAUCACUGGAAGGCGCUCGUGAGGCUCUGCUUCGAGUUGUCACUUUCACCACCGAUGACGAGGAUGACGAUGAGUACUGCGGCGCUGAGUCUCCCAACGUGGCCACUGCCAACCGUGAGCCUCUCCGCACCCCAUCGAUCCAGUCCCCUGCCGUCGACACUGGCGCUUUCCCCUGGGCCAAGGCUCUCCAUGGUACCACCCAUCUCGGACGACAACUCAGCGUCAUUCCCGACGACGAGAGCUACACCGAGGAGCUUUUCCCCAAGUCCGAGGCAACCAACACCGACUGGUGCUCUGCCAACACGCAGACUCCCAUGUCGUCUCUUUACGACUCUCACUUGGGUGCUUCCAUGAAGUCGCUUGCUAUCAAACCCACUGCUCGAUUCAACCGGGCUGCGGCCACUGCUGGCUCCCUCCCCAUCAACAUGGCUAAGCCUAUGCCUGCUAUGUCUAUGGUGUUUGGUCGACGACAAGAAGCUGUGUCUAAGAGCUGGAGCGAUAUGUGGGACGAGGAUGAGGAAGAGGAGGAGAUGGAACAGCAGCGACAGAUGCUGCAGGAGCUCAAUGCCCGCACUUGGAGCCAAGAGAGCAAGGAGGAGGAGAAGGAAGUCGAGAAGAUCGACAUGGUUGAGACUCAACCCCAACCCACGUCGCAUGCUCACGACAUCAAGGGUGACAUUGAUGAUGAUCUGGUUGCUGACGGCUUCUUCUUCCAAGAAGCACCAGCACCCAAAACACACCACAUCACUAUCACCCCCAACUAUUCCCAUUCUCCCACGUCCAAAGAGCGAAGCUCCAAGGAUAAAUGGGCGGCGCUGGGCGAGCGACGUCGGGCUCAAGCAGCUACUUUUGAUUCUAUUAAGUCGGUGGAACUUUCCAAGCCCCGACGACACAAUUUUGGUUUUGGAUACAACAAAUCUUACGAAGCGGGCGUUUGGGAUCAUUCUAAUUAUCAUAACAAAUUUGGGGCCGCUAAAGAACGGUCUAGUAUUAAGGAGUGCCCUUGGAACAAGGGAAGGGAUUGGAAUUGGCGUCGAGAUAGACGCACCGAUCUCGGCGACGUUGAGUGGGUUGGAGGUUGGUAA